AUGGGGGUUGGCACAGGGGAGGCAGAAAAGGAACUAAGAAAGGAAGAUGUAAUGGAGACAAAGGAGCUCUCAGAGUGCCGGCUACAGGUUGCUUCACUUUCAGCAAGGAAACAUCUAUAUGGAUUAUUUCAUUACAACUCCAUGAUGCUUGGUCUUGAAUCGCUUCCGGAUCCCACAGACACCUGGGAAAUUAUAGAGACCAUUGGUAAAGGCACAUAUGGCAAGGUCUACAAGGUCACUAAUAAGAGAGAUGGGAGCCUGGCUGCAGUGAAAAUUCUGGACCCCAUCAGUGAUAUGGAUGAAGAAAUUGAGGCAGAAUACAACAUUCUGCGGUUUCUUCCGAAUCACCCCAAUGUUGUAAAGUUUUAUGGGAUGUAUUACAAGGCGGAUCACUGUGUGGGAGGACAGCUAUGGCUGGUCCUGGAGCUGUGUAACGGGGGCUCUGUCACUGAGCUGGUCAAAGGCCUUCUCAGGUGCGGCCAGCGACUGGAUGAAGCCAUGAUCUCCUACAUCUUGUACGGGGCUCUCUUGGGCCUUCAGCAUUUGCACAACAACCAGAUCAUCCACCGGGAUGUGAAGGGGAACAACAUUCUUCUGACGGCAGAAGGAGGAGUCAAGCUCGUUGACUUUGGUGUCUCAGCUCAACUCACCAGCACACGAUUAAGGAGAAACACAUCAGUGGGCACCCCGUUCUGGAUGGCCCCUGAGGUCAUUGCUUGUGAGCAGCAGUAUGACUCUUCCUAUGAUGCUCGCUGUGACGUCUGGUCCUUAGGGAUCACAGCCAUUGAACUGGGGGAUGGAGACCCUCCCCUCUUUGACAUGCAUCCUGUGAAAACUCUCUUUAAGAUUCCGAGAAAUCCUCCRCCUACCUUACUGCAUCCAGAAAAAUGGUGUGAGGAAUUCAACCACUUUAUUUCACAGUGUCUUAUUAAGGAUUUUGAAAAGAGACCUUCCGUCACGCAUCUCCUCGACCAUCCAUUUAUUAAGGGAGCUCAUGGGAAGGUUUUAUUCCUGCAAAAACGGCUGGCCAGGGUGCUCCAGGAGCAGAAGCAGCUAAACUCUGCUGUUAAAAUCAGGCAUGAGAGGAUGCAUACCAGGGGACCCUAUCAUGUGCAGGAUGCUGAAAAAUACUGCCUCGAGGAUGAUUUGGUCAAUCUCGAGGUCCUGGAUGAGGAAACAAUUAUUCAUCACUUGCAGAAGCGUUAUGCAGACUCACUGAUUUACACAUAUGUUGGAGAUAUUCUAAUUGCCUUAAACCCCUUCCAGAAUCUAAGCAUCUACUCUCCACAGUUUUCCAGGCUCUAUCACGGGGUGAAGCGCAUCUCAAAUCCCCCCCACAUAUUUGCAUCAGCAGAUGCUGCUUACCAGUGCUUGGUUACUUUCAGCAAAGACCAGUGCAUUGUCAUCAGUGGAGAAAGUGGCUCAGGGAAGACGGAAAGCGCCCACCUGAUUGUUCAGCAUCUGACUUUCUUGGGAAAGGCCAAUAAUCAGACCUUGCGAGAAAAAAUUCUACAAGUCAACUCCCUGGUGGAAGCCUUUGGGAAUGCAUGCACGGCCAUCAAUGACAACUCAAGCCGUUUUGGAAAAUAUCUGGAAAUGAUGUUUACACCAACUGGAGCUGUGAUGGGGGCAAGAAUCUCUGAAUAUCUCCUUGAGAAAUCCAGAGUUAUAAAACAGGCAACGGGAGAGAAAAAUUUUCACAUAUUUUACUAUAUUUAUGCUGGUCUUUAUCACCAAAAGAAACUUUCUGAGUUCAAACUUCCUGAGGAAAAACCUCCUAGGUACAUAGCUGAUGAAACUGGAAGAGUCAUGUAUGACAUAAUUUCCAAGGAGUCUUACAGAAGCCAGUUUGAAGCAAUUCARCAUUGUUUCAGGAUUAUUGGAUUCUCUGAAAAGGAGGUGCACUCCGUGUACAGAAUUCUGGCUGGGAUUUUGAAUAUCGGGAACAUUGAAUUUGCAGCUAUUUCCUCUCAACACCAAACUGAUAAAAGUGAGGUGCCCAAUCCUGAAGCUUUGGAAAAUGCUGCUUCUAUUCUCUGCAUCAGCCCCAAAGAGCUGCUGAAGGCCCUCACAUCCCACUGUGUGGUCACAAGGGGCGAGACCAUCGUCCGCGCCAACCCUGUGGACAGGGCCGCGGAUGUUCGGGAUGCCAUGUCGAAAGCUCUGUAUGGGAGGCUCUUCAGCUGGAUUGUGAAUCGCAUCAAUACACUCCUGCAGCCAGAGAAAAACAUAUGUCAUUCAGGUAAUGGAAUGAACGUGGGAAUCUUGGACAUUUUUGGAUUUGAGAACUUUCAGAGAAAUUCAUUUGAGCAGCUCUGCAUAAACAUCGCCAAUGAGCAAAUCCAGUACUAUUUCAAUCAGCACGUCUUUGCUCUUGAGCAGAUGGAGUACAAGAAUGAGGGCAUUGAUGCCAUGCCUGUGGAGUAUGAGGACAAUCGCCCACUCCUGGACAUGUUCCUCCAGAAGCCCCUGGGCCUGCUUGCACUUUUAGAUGAGGAGAGUCGGUUUCCCCAAGCAAGGGACCAGACCCUGGUUGAUAAAUUCGAAAAUAAUUUACGAUGCAAGUAUUUCUGGAGGCCCAAAGGAGCGGCRUUGUGCUUCGGCAUUUGGCAUUAUGCUGGAAAGGUACUAUAUGAUGCUUCUGGGGUUCUUGAGAAAAACAGAGACACCCUCCCUGCUGAYGUGGUUAUAGUCCUGAGAACGUCAGAAAACAAGCUUCUUCAGCAACUCUUCUCCAUCCCUUUGACCAAAACAGGUAAUUUGGCCCAGUCAAGAGCCAAGAUAAUAGCAGCCUCAAGAUCUUUGCCUCCACAUUUCAGUUCUGGGAGAGCUAAGGUGGACACCCUGGAGAUGAUGCGGCAUCCGGAAGAAAGCACCAACAUGAAGAGGCAAACCAUGGCUUCUUACUUCCGGUAUUCUCUGAUGGACUUGCUCUCCAAAAUGGUGAUUGGACAGCCCCACUUUGUGCGUUGCAUUAAACCCAAUGAUGACCGAGAGGCCCUGAAGUUCUCCCGAGAGAGGGUCCUCACCCAGCUCCGAUCCACAGGCAUCCUGGAGACCGUCAACAUCAGAAGGCAGGGUUAUUCCCACCGCAUCCUCUUCGAGGAGUUUGUGAAAAGGUAUUAUUACUUGGCAUUCAGAGCACAUCAAACGCCUCCUGCUAGUAAAGAGAGCUGUGCUGCUAUCUUGGAAAAGUCCAAAUUGGAUCACUGGGUACUGGGGAAAACAAAGGUUUUUCUCAAAUACUACCAUGUCGAGCAAUUAAAUCUGCUACUGCAAGAAGUCAUAGGCAGAGUGGUGAUCCUACAGGCAUAUACCAAGGGGUGGCUUGGAGCCAGGAGAUACAAAAGAGUCAGAGAGAAGAGAGAGAAGGGUGCCAUCACCAUCCAGUCAGCCUGGAGAGGAUAUGAAGCUCGGAGCAAAUUUAAGAAAAUAAGCAACAGAAGGAGUGAGUCUGCUGCUCAUAUUCAAGCAGGUAAUUCAAACAUCAUUUUAACAGUCAUUGCAGAGAAGGAAUUUCACUCAGCCAACUUUCCCAGCCAUCAGAGUUUCCCCAAUCCAGGCCUGUAUAUAGCUCGUGUGGUCCUCUGGGCCCCACGGGAGAGAAGUCGCAUGAGUUAUUUUAUCCAACAUGCUAGCUGGGACCUGGCAUUGAGCAAGACCUGGAGUUCCAGCAUAGGUCUGAGGGUUGCUCCUGAUCUGAAAAGCCACCCAGAAGUAGACUAUGACUAUUCAGAGACUUCAAGCUACUUUCCUGAUGUCACUAAGAAAACUUGGCAUUCACAGGCCCAGAGUUCUCCAAACGGGUAUGAUGUCUUCCAAAGACCUGCGAAUAAGAAUUCAAUGGCUGGGACUAAUGCACUGACUUCUUGGACACAUCGUGCUACCCCAGAUCACCAAGAACUGAGUCCCUGUGAAGCUCCUUGGAAACCUGGUUCAGAAGAUGGUCUUGCACAGAAGCAGCGAACACCUCGCCGACGCUAUCAGCAGCCCAAAAUGUUGAGUAGCCCUGAGGACACCAUGUACUAUAACCAGUUAAAUGGAACUCUAGAAUAUCAAGGGAGCAAGAGGAAGCCAAGAAAACUUGGCCAUCUCAAAGUGCUGGAUGGGGAAGACGAAUACUACAAGUCUCUGUCCCCAGUGGCUGGUAUCCCUGAGAACAUCGCAGCCCACCUUUUCUUUUUUUCUUCAUCCUCAAAGGGAAAUUAUUUUGCUCAACACUGAGUUGCACUUCCUGGCCCCAAAUCUGCCCAAGGUUCUAGGAAUGGACUUGCCACCAAUCCUCCUGAGGAAAGGCCUUACAAACUGCAUUUUUAGUCAAUGAAUAAAUUUUGGCACWUCAUAAUAAUGGAUUAUUGAGUAACUGUUAGAAAUUAGGAUUUCGUUAACUGUGUAAAACCAGGGAGAAAUCUUUAUGGUAAAAGAAUAUAAAAGGCUGUGCAUGAUGUACACUCUGGUUUCCAUAGUUCAAGGACAGGUGUGGAGCGUGGCAGGUAAUGRAUCGACUUCCCACGGCGAGAAGAUGGAUUCCAACUCUUCUGUUUUCAUUGGAACUUCUGAAAAUUACAAAAAACAAGGGCUGUGUGAGACUUGAGAGUGGACUGAUGUGAGAGAGAAGCAAGAAGAUUUAGACCAGAACACGUGGGGGCCUGUGCCUUUGUAGGGUGACCACCUUACCCACAGCRCAGCCUCAGCCUGGCACGCUUCAGGACUCAAUUUCUUCAGCCUAUCAUGUGAUAUUCUGGCUCUGGAGGAUUGAUCAGUGCAAUCUAAAAGUUUUCAUCAUGUUUUAAGUCAAAAUCUUUUUCUUACUGUGCAUUGUGAGGAAAGCUCGGGAGAAAGUCUGUGAAACAGUUCUGCAGGGCCGAGCUGCUCCCAUGGA